UGGGAGGAGGCGCUUCAGGCUGGCUGUGUGUUCAUUUGUACUGAAGCUGUGUACUCACUCGCCACUCCUCUUUUCUAUUCCUCAGGCUUUGAUUUCCUGGAUACCAAAAAACACUUUCGUGGUUUUCUUUCAUUUGAACUUCCUCCCAAAGUAUCUGUGUGUAGGAGGAAAUCCCGGUUUGUGUUUCGGUCGACCGGCUGUUUCCUCCAUGCUGCUCACCUUCACUUCCAGCAGUGACAUGCCACCUGUGUGUGACAGGACACACUCUUUUAUCUGGACGGGCAACAGGGCGGUUUGCUCUGAAAUGUGGCUCGUGGUCGUUUCUGUCCCGCUGCUUCCUGCCAUCCUCUUGGUAUCCGGUCGUUAUCGUGCCAAAGCUGCCGCGCUGUGCCAUCGAGCUCUGGCCUGGGCGCUGAGGCUGCUGCGAGGGAGAGUGUGUGUAAGGAGCACCCACGCCUUCGUGUUCUCCAAAUGCACCCAUGGCAAAGCUCACAGCGUCCUGGAGACCUUUGACCUUUACGCCGACACGCACCCCUCCUUCUGCAUCAGCCCACAGAUGGGUGAGGCAUUGGAUGACGUGGUGAGGCGCAUGCGUCCCUCCAGGGUGUUGGAGCUGGGGAUGCACUGUGGCUACACUUCUGUCCGCCUGCUGCGUCUGCUGCCCCCUGCUGGCAGGCUGAUCACAGUGGAGCUGGACCCUCUCACUGCAGAGCUCGGGGAGGAAAUCAUACUGGUGGCUGGCUUCAAUCACUCCCAGUUCCAGGUGUUGACAUCCAGCUCAGCUGAGGCCAUCCCGACUUUGCGUUCAUUUCUUGAUCUUAAUCACGGGACCAGUGAGGGUCUCAAGCUGGUGCUGAUGGACCACGACCCCCAGCAGUACCUUCCAGACCUGCUGGCUCUGGAGAGAGAGGAGCUCCUCAGCCCCUUCGGCUGCUCCGUCCUUCUGAUGGACAGGAAGCAAAGAGAUCUCAGAGAAGUGCUGGGUCACAUCCGAGCGAGGCCCGACUGCUACAGCGUCAAGGCAGAGCUUCAGUUCAUGACGGAGAUCUUCUACCAAAAGGAAAACACAAAGACAGAAGGUGAAGACAGAAUGUAAAGAUGUGGGCGUGUGCUUUCAGUUUGUGUGGACGAUACCGACCAGCAGUGUUAAACACUUCAUCAUAUACUUAAAAACUCAAUUAAUUUAUACGAUUUUUAACUGUUGUUGUUUUUCCUCGGAUGACAAAAUAAAAAAAGCAUUUAUUUAUACCAUAUAUUUUACAAUAUUGGUAUGUAAAACAGUAUUCAUGCUUUAAAUGACUCAUUCAUUCUAAAUAUAUGAAGGUGUUGCUGGAAUGAAUUUACAGCAGACAAGGAGAGUAUUAUAUUACAUGUUUUAUUAUUUGGCCCCCAAAUGACAAACAAAAACACAUAAUGAUACAACACACUACCUACUGUUUGUAAUAUUAAUAACAUCUCAAAGCUGCUUGAACAAUCACAACAAAAGAAACAAAGAAGAAAACGAGCAGUGGUGUAGCGCAGGGUGACCACUUGGUGGCGCUCUCUGCUCAACCUCAGGAAUUGAACUGGGUUUGACAAAGCCCCCGAGCCUUUAAAGGGAAAUGCCACACAUUUUAAGAACGUACAUGUUAUUCCUGCACUUCAGGACGGCUCAAUAAAUACUAGCAAACCUCUUCUCUUUUGAUACAAACAGGAAACUUAACCUCUGAGUUUGUGACACCUUAUGUGUCCGGAUUUAUUCGUGACGAAGAGGUGGAUCCACAGCAGACUGGUUUUCACGACACUCCCUCUUGUGCAUGUUGUGAUAUUUACUCUCAGACCCCAUUGUCAAUGU